UUAAAAGCCUACAAAAAUAAUUCAAAUCCUUCUUUAAUUAACCGGCUCUCAACGACAAGUCUUAGGUUUAGCUGGUUAGGCAAUAAUUGAAUAAGUCACGCGGUUUACUGCCUAAUAGGUAGAGGCACAGGUUUAUACCUUAACUAGCUGACAGUAGGCCAUAGACACCGACGCGUCCUAGUGGAAACUCGCGAGCUCUACAUUCAAAUUCAAAUUACGAACAGUGAAUUAUGACGACGGUUAAAAAACUUAGAUUCGAUAUUCGGCCGUGGAACAUGGAGACGAGAGCUGAUGAUGACGAGGCGCCGACAGACCCCGCGGCGAGGAAGCACACGCACCAUGACUACACAGAACAGGACUUUGAAGGUCACCGCGCUCACACUGUGUUCGUGGGAGUACACGUGCCGGCUCGGAGACAUUCGCAUAGGAAGCACAAACACCAUCACCGCAACGGGGAAAAGGAUGUUGAAAGACCUGGGCCGGGGUUAAUGUCACGGGUCAGAAGACUAAGUGUUACCGAUGACGGCGAAACAUUAACACCACCAGCCCAAAGAGUGCAAUUCAUACUUGGUGAAGAUCUCGAUGAUUCCACACUUGAAUCCCAUCCGUUGUUCUCCGAAAUGGAGGAACUAGUUAAAGAUGGGGAUGAGCUCGAAUGGAAAGAGACAGCUCGCUGGAUUAAGUUCGAAGAGGAUGUAGAGGAAGGUGGCAAUCGAUGGUCAAAACCCCAUGUAGCGACAUUAUCACUGCACUCACUGUUUGAACUUCGAAGUCUCAUAUUAAACGGAUCAGUCAUCCUGGAUAUGGAUGCAAAUUCUUUAGAACAGGUCGCAGAUAAUGUUCUAGAUAGCAUGGUAGCCGAUGGCUCCUUAGGAUAUGAUAGCAGAGAAAAAGUCAAAGACGCUUUAUUGAGGAGACACAGGCACCAACAUGAGAGACGAAAUCAUAAUAACAUGUCAAGACUCCCUCUGAUCCGUUCUCUAGCUGACAUCGGACGAAACCACUCAUCAUGUAAAAGUGCAGCCCACGAUGAAGGAAUGGUCAAAAGUCCCAGCAGUAUAUCAAUGCAACGGAAUCACAGUACCGGUGAUCUUCCUAUGAACGGAGACAUAAAUCACAAAUGCAACACAAAUUUCAUGCGAAAGAUACCUCCAGGUGCAGAAGCAUCUAAUAUUCUAGUUGGAGAGGUAGAUUUCCUCGAAAAAACCUUGUCUGCCUUUGUUCGGCUUAAAACUGGAACAAUAAUGGGAGAUUUAACCGAAGUGCCUGUCCCAACAAGAUUUAUGUUCGUUCUCCUCGGACCACCCAACAGUAACUCCAGUUUCCAUGAGAUUGGCCGAGCUAUGGCCACUUUGAUGUCCGAUGAAAUAUUUCAUGAAGUUGCAUAUCGGGCCAAAAAGAGAGAUCAUCUUCUUGCCGGUAUCGAUGAAUUCCUUGAUGCCGUGACGGUUCUACCUCCUGGCGAAUGGGACCCGGCAAUUCGUAUUGAACCUCCUGCAGCUAUACCAUCACAAGAUCCACGAAAACGGCCAAAUGAUAACAAUCCGAAAGAAGAACUAGAUGAAGAAGAGGAAGAGGCAAGACAGAGGGAGGAAUCAGGGUUAGCAAGAAGUGGGAAAUUGUUUGGGGGAUUGAUAAAUGAUCUCAAAAGGAAGAUGCCUUGGUACUGGUCAGAUUUCAAAGACGCAUUAGCCCUCCAAUGUAUUGCUUCUUGGAUAUUUUUAUACUUUGCCUGUUUAUCACCUAUUAUAACCUUCGGUGGAUUAUUGGGUGAAGCUACUGGAAAAAACAUGGCUGCUAUGGAAUCUUUGAUAUCAGGAUUUGUCUGUGGAAUGGGAUACGGCUUCUUUUCGGGACAACCUCUGACAAUUUUAGGAUCAACUGGUCCUGUACUGGUGUUUGAAACAAUAGUAUUCGAAUUCUGCAGACAAAUUGGUUGGAAUUACAUGUCCUUCAGGUUUUGUAUAGGGACAUGGAUUACUAUCAUUUUAGUAAUAUUAGUAGCUAUUGAUGCAAGUGCACUAGUCUGCUACAUAACAAGAUUUACCGAAGAAAACUUCGCUACUCUAAUAGCGUUUAUUUUCAUUUACAAGGCGGUGGAAAAUGUUAUAUCAAUCGGUAAAAAGUACCCUCUUAAGACACGCCCCGACGAAGUUCUCAAUUAUGAGUGCUAUUGUUUGCCAAGCAAUUACUCUAAAGUGCCGGAGCAGUUUAAUUGGACUUCUGUAGACAAAGAGUCGUGUCAGCUCUAUAAUGGAACGCUAGCCGGCGGCGGAUGUGAUACGAAGGUUUAUGUACCCGACGUAUAUUUGAUGUCGAUUAUAUUAUUCUUGGGCACUUUUACUAUAUCUAUUAUAUUGAAAGACUUCAAGAACUCAUUAUUCUUCCCCUCGAAGGUACGACAGAUCAUUAGCGACUUUUCUGUCAUUAUUGCUAUCUUAUCAAUGUCCUUUUUGGAUUACAAAGUUGGUGUGAAGACACCAAAACUGGAAGUUCCAUCGGAAUUUAAGCCAACAUUACCAAGCAGAAACUGGGUCAUCACGCCAUUUAGUGGCAACCCUGUAUGGUCAGCAUUGGUUGCUGUGCUACCAGCCUUACUGGGAACUAUAUUAAUAUUUAUGGAUCAGCAGAUAACAGCAGUCAUAGUUAACCGUAAAGAGAAUAAGCUAAAGAAAGGCUGUGGUUACCACUUGGAUUUGUUUGUUCUGGCAAUUUUGAUACAAAUAUGCUCUGUGAUGGGACUUCCAUGGUUCGUAGCUGCUACAGUACUGAGCAUUAACCACGUGAACUCUCUGAAAGUUGAGUCGGAAUGCGCUGCUCCUGGUGAAAAACCAAGGUUCCUUGGAGUUCGAGAGCAAAGAGUAACUCAUAUACUAAUAUUUUUGAUGAUCGGAUGUUCAGUAGUUCUGACGCCUGUGUUAAGCCAUAUACCGAUGCCAGUUUUGUUUGGAGUAUUCCUUUAUAUGGGAGUGGCUUCGCUGAAGGGACUUCAAUUCUUUGACAGAAUCUUAAUUAUGUUCAUGCCCCAAAAGUAUCAGCCAGAUCACAUGUUCUUGAGACAGGUCCCCAUUCGGCGAGUUCACGUUUUCACUGCUAUUCAAUUGACUUGUCUCGUUUGCCUGUGGGUGAUAAAGUCAUUUUCCAUGACUUCAAUACUCUUCCCUCUGAUGCUAGUGGUAAUGAUUGGUAUUAGGAAGGCUCUCGACUUGUUCUUCACAAGAAGGGAGAUGAAAAUAUUAGACGAUGUGAUGCCAGAAAUGACAAAAAGGAAUCAAGAUGAACUUCGGGAGCUCGGCGACGCUGAGGAACCAACGAAGUCGAACCCGCCAGCGUACCAGGAGAAUCUGCAGAUACCUCUUAUCAAUGGCAAUAUAAUGAAUAUCCCUCUGACGUCAAUAAACAUUUCUGAGGAAGUUAACAAGACGGGAAUUUGGAAGCAGGUGAACAAUAGCAACAAGAUGAAAAAAGAUAACAAAGCUAAGACUGGAAAGAAAAAGUGAG